CAUUUUUCUCCAAGGCUUCUGGGCCUUGUAUCAUCAGAAGGGCAUGGUGACCAACUUGAAGGGCUUUUAUAGUUUAGCAGGUCUGUCACACUUUGUAUUGAGACACUGUUGUCAUCUACAGAGUUCAUGCUGGAGAACCACUCAGUUGAGUUACAAAAGAAAUUGCAAAUAAAUCUCAUGUUUUAAGGAAGUUUGUGAUUGUGUUUUGGGUCACAUUCAUAGCUACCCUAGGUGCAUGUGAACUGCAGGCUACAGGUUGAACGUGGUAAAAAGGAAAGAACAUUCCUGAACUUCUGGAGCUUGCUUGCACUUACAGGGAGACAAAACCAUGGUUGCUGCUGCCUACUGAAUCCCCAGCCAAGGGCGUGGCUACUGCUUUGCACACUGCAGAUCCAGAGUGGUGAAGCUGAUCCAUUUCCGCUGACAGCAGCCAGUGCAGAGAAUCUUCUGUUCCCAGUUACCAAACCAGUGCUGAGUCCUGUGACUCCAGUAACUUCUGUCUGUGCUCACUGUGCCCCUCCCUGCAAGAGCAGGGAGUAACUUACUUUAACUGCAGUGUGUUCUUGGCAGCCUUUGGCAGUGAAUGACAGUACCAGAAGCAGCACAAUUUAAGCCCAGCAUCCCAAGCAGAAAACUACAGGAACAUUAUAGGGCCACAUUCAACAAAUUCAAAUUCAUGGCUUUUUACCGGACAGACAACAGAGGGUGAAGGAAGGCAUAGGGAGGUGGCACUCAGAUCAGGAUUAGCUUUUGGGUCCUGAACAGCAGAGUCACCAUGUAAAAAGAUUCAUUUGGAAACAGUGGGGAGGCUGGGGCCCUUAGAUGUGAUUGAGAAAUGAUUAAUUUUGUUAGGUAAUGAUAGAUGGAGGCUGUUUCCCUAUGAAGGGCUAUGAUGUCUGCGUUUUCCUCUAAGAUGGCUUUAGGAGGAGCUGGAGGAGUAGACCCCGCGUUGGCAGCUGUUGAGGGGAGAAAAAUGCCACGUGUAAAAGCAGCUCAGGCUGGAAGACAGGGUCCUGCAAAGAGGCGCCUUGCAGAGCAGUUUGCUGCUGGGGAGGUCAUAACCGACAUGUCUAAAAAGGAAUGGAAACUAGGAUUGCCUAUUGGCCAAGGUGGCUUUGGCUGCAUAUAUCUUGCGGACACAAAUUCUUCCAAACCGGUUGGCAGUGACGCACCCUGUGUUGUAAAAGUGGAACCCAGUGACAAUGGACCUCUUUUCACUGAAUUAAAGUUCUACCAGCGGGCUGCUAAACCAGAACAAAUUCAGAAAUGGAUUCAUACACACAAAUUGAAGUACCUUGGUGUUCCUAAGUAUUGGGGAUCUGGUCUACAUAAUAAAAGUGGAAAAAGUUACAGGUUUAUGAUAAUGGACCGCUUUGGGAGUGACCUUCAGAAAAUAUAUGAAGCAAAUGCCAAAAGGUUUUCUCGGAAAACUGUCUUGCAGCUAAGCUUAAGAAUUCUGGAUAUCCUGGAAUACAUCCACGAGCAUGAGUAUGUGCACGGGGACAUCAAGGCUUCCAACCUUCUUCUGAGCUACAAGAACCCUGACCAGGUGUACUUGGUAGACUAUGGACUUGCUUAUCGGUACUGCCCAGAUGGAGUUCAUAAAGAGUAUAAAGAAGAUCCCAAAAGAUGCCACGAUGGCACACUAGAGUUCACCAGCAUCGAUGCACACAAUGGCGUGGCCCCAUCACGACGUGGCGAUCUGGAAAUACUUGGUUAUUGCAUGAUCCAGUGGCUCAGUGGCUGUCUUCCUUGGGAGGAUAACUUGAAAGAUCCUAACUAUGUUAGAGAUUCUAAAAUUAGAUACAGGGACAAUGUUGCAGCUUUGAUGGAGAAGUGCUUUCCUGAGAAAAACAAGCCAGGUGAAAUUGCUAAGUACAUGGAAACUGUGAAAUUACUGGACUACACUGAAAAACCUCUUUAUCAAAAUUUACGUGACAUUCUUUCACAAGGACUAAAAGCUAUAGGAAGUAAAGAUGAUGGCAAACUGGAUUUUAGUGCUGUGGAGAACGGAGGUGUGAAGACAAAACCAGCCUCAAAGAAGCGGAAGAAAGAAGUGGAAGAAAGCACGGUGUGUAGUGUGGAAGACAUGGAGUGCUCAGAUGCCCAGGUGGAAGAGGCCAUACAGACUCGUUCAAGAACCAGAAAGAAAGCCCAGAAGUAAAUGAGAUGCCAGGAACCGACUUUCUGCCUAUUCAUUUGACUUUUUUCUCCUUUUCUAUUGUAUGUUUUAUUUUCAUGUGAGUCUUGUGGGGUUGUAGUAAUAAUUAAAUGGCUAUUUUUUUGAAAAACAAACUUUAUUAAAAUGAAUGUUUUGUGUACUUUAUUGCAGGGUAAUCUCUAAAAUCCCCGAGUCUUUAGUCGUUACAACCUGUGUGGUUUCUGGGCUUGGGAGUGGGUGCGGCUCUGCCUGCCAUGCACUCCUCAGAGUGGGUGGAGUGCUUGGCAAGCUCCUUGCUUUUAGGGAAGUGCAGAACUUCAAAGAAAGGAAGUCUCUUUUGCUCGAUGUAAACAUGCAGUUUGUUAUGAUAAUAAAAGUCUGGUCUACAUGGAUUCUGUUAUUUUCCACAAGCAUUAAUUGAAUACCUGCUGUAUGCACUAAGAAAGAGUGCAGUAAAUACAAUGUAUCUGUGAGAAACACACACAUUUUAAAGUCAGAUUCUGUAAGAAUAGUAUGGAAGAUAAAUGAUAGGAGAACAGUGAACAGUGAUCAGUCACUCAGUGGUGGCAGGACCAAGAUGAUAAGCCCUUCAAGGAAGUCCUGUGAGCAGGGUGUACAGAACCUCCUGGUUUGGGUCUGAAUAGUUAUGGUGCCUAUAGACUCAUGUGUUUGAAUGCUUGGCCCAUAGGGAGUGGCAUUGUUAGGAUGUGUGGCCUUGUUGAAAAAGUGUAUGUGUGGAGGUGGGCUUUGAGGUCUCAGAUGCUCAAGCUACGCCCAGCGUGGGAAACAGAUUCCUGCUGCUGCCUGCAGAUCAAGAUGUAGAACUCUCAGCUUUUCUCCAGCACCAUGUCUGCCUGCAUGUUGCCAUGAAGAUGAUGGGCUAAACCUCUGAAACUGUAAGCCAGCCUCAAUUAAAUGUUUCCUUUAUAAGA